AAGAUCCCUCGCUCCACGGAACUCUACCGGCGCGCCCGUUUAAUCCCGUCAUUCCUCCCGUCCGGUAGUGGUGUGGGACCGAGCAUCCCACACCUUCUCCGCCCAACUGAGAAUACCAGGCCAUGUCGGACCUUACAACGAGCUUCGGUCGUGUCGGCAGCGGGGCGUCACCUCCGGUCAUAGCUUUUGUGCGUGUCUCCGGCCCGCCAAAUAGCAACUUCCUCGUGGGAUACCCCGGUAUAUCCGCGACACUGCCGCGGAUAGAGGGCAAGGUUGAGAUCCGUCCACAAGGCGGUGUCAGUGCUCCGGUCGGAAUAUCAUACGUGUCCAUCGGACUCUAUCGACGAGAAUCAAUUCACCCUCACGCCGACAAAGUCAUCGGGAACCACCUCGCAGCGCCACGAAAGGAUACUCGAGAUUUGGUCGGGAAGGAGAUGCGGUUGUUUCAGUGCAUACCUGGCAAGCCAUUCGAGGAUGUCCUCGCUAUGGACUUACCGUUCGUCCUGUUCAUUCCCUUCGCGAGGGCUGGGGACGAUAUCGUAAAGGUGCCGCCUGCGAGCUUGCAAUUGCCAUCGCGAGUCGCCGAAACAUACUAUGAGCUGGUGGUUUCCGUGCAGCAGGGCCACGCCGACCUCAAAAAGCACGCCUUCCCCGUGCCGCUCUGUCGAUACGAUACGCUGUCAACAUUCGGCAUGUACAAUAGACCCGAGUCGCAAGAGCGAGUGUCCGAUCAUGUUGUCACUUUGGGGACUAGUUUGUCGCGCUGGUCGUUUGGACCGAAUGAUCCUGUGGAAAUUUUUGUACGCUUGACACCGAACCCUGAUUGGAUGACCAAAGCGAGGAAGGUAUCGAUCUCGAGGAUCGUGGCCACCAUUGAAGAGCAAAUCACCUACAAUCCAGAAGGAGACGAGCCAACGACCAAGACCAACAAGCUCAUAUCGAAGAAGGAGGUUGUGGGGAUGAAGCUACCUGAAAAAGGUUACAUGUCGACCAUAAAUUUGAGAUUCCCCGCCAAGGAGUUGCGCGACAGCGACGGGUUCUUGCCACGCGUCAAAUCGGCAUUUCCACUUAACGCGAUAUCCGGCUUCACUACGACGGCGAGUUUAUACAAAAUUGAAUACUUUGUUUGCGUCAAAGCCCAUCUGUCUAGUUGCAAAGAUAUCCAAGUCCGACAGAGGAUAAUAGUCUCGCCCUUUGACCACCAAACUUGCAUGGACGAGAUGGAUGCCAUAGAGCUCGCCGCGAGAGAUGCAUAUCACAUCAACAUCGAAAACCCCAUGCUGCCCGCGCCCACGAUUAUACGGCCCUAUGAUACCAACGCACUACACUGCCUCGGAAUGACGAUGGUUGGAGACAAACGAAAGCUGUUAAUUGAAUGAGCCACAAUGU